UUACACCCCUGUACUAUGAGGGUUGUACCACUUUGCCCCCUGUACUAUAAAACGUUCCAAUUACCCCCUUUUUAUUUGUGGUCAAACGUUAAAUUAUUAACACCGUUAGUUUAAAGGUGCAAUUACAUAUCUGCCCUUAUCAGUGUAAAAUAGUAUGCUGACCCACCUUUCCUUCUCCACUAUCUCACAAUUUCACUUACGAGAACACCAUAACAAAGCAGAAAACACUCUGGGAAAAAAAUGUGAUUUGUUCUUCUUAGAAUCUUGCCAUCGUCUAAAAAUCAAACAUCAUCGAACAUUUGGUAGCUAAUUAACCGACGAAAAUUCGGACAGAAGACAUUUGAAGACCUGUGGCAAAGGAAACACAUGUUUGAUCAAUUUUACACCAUAAGAUUUCAUCAUGGAGGGACAUUAUCUGAUUCAGACUUCACAUAUGUUGGGGGUAAUGUUCAUUUCGAGGAAAAUGUUGAUCCUGACUUAAUGUCAUAUUUUGAAAUACUAGGCAGUGUUAAAGAAAUGAAAUAUCCCGUGAAUACUGUAGUUUGGUAUAAACUGCCCAAGAAAAAUGAAUUAAAAAUUAUUGGUGAUGAUGUUGGUGUUAUGGAGAUGUUCAAAAUAUUUGCUGCUGCUAAAGUGUAUGAGGUUGAUAUGUUCAUUGAUACUGUUGACAUUGAAGCAUCACUAUCUGUAUUGUCAUCGUAUGAAGUAGAUAAUAAUGCCUUAGGGGUUAGAAAUGAUAUGGGAGUUGAAAUUGAUUUGGGGGUUCAAACUGAGUUAGGAGUUAGUAAUAAUUUGGGAACUAACUUGGAUUUUGGGGAGGAAACUGAUAGUGAUCCUUCAUAUGAUGCAAACAUAGAUUGUGACGAUAGUGACACUGAUGAUGAUAGCAUGUCUGACUUUGAAUACUUUGCUGAAGGUGACACCUUGAGUGACAGUGAGUAUCCUUUAGAAAAUAAUAUAGCUGCAACUCAUAGAGUAAUUGAUGGAGUCUCAAACAAUGAGCCUGCAUUUAAUACUGGUGAAAAAGAAAUUCAGAGUAAUCCCGAAUUUUUGUCAGAACCUAGUGACUCUGAUGAUGAGUAUAUGGGAGAGAAAUUUCCAGAGUUUAAUGAAGGGACUGAUCUAAUCGAUCCAAAGCACGAAGUAGGUCUUGUUUUUGCCAACUCUGCAGUUUAUAGAAAAGCUUUGAGGCAGUUUUCAGUUAAGAAGGGAUUUGAACUCACAGUUGAAAAAAAAUGA